AUGGCUUUUAAGCUGCUGAAAAGCGAGAGGAAAGGUGUCACUCCCCUCCAAGCGAAGGAGGCGGUCUCUUACUGGACCUUGAAUGUCACCAUACUGAGAGCAGAAACACAUCAGUCCAGAGAUUACUGGUCUGAAUCGGACUGCUAUGUCAUUCUCUCUCUCCCCACGGCAACGGCAAUAACCUACCGCACAGCAACUGUGUCAAACACUAACAACCCGCAGUGGGAUGAAACCUUUACCUUCAGGGUCCCCACCAAUGUCAAAAACAUUCUAGAGAUGCAGCUGUAUGAUGAGGACCCCAUGGCCCGGGAUGACCUGAUUGCCACUCUUCUGUUUGAUGUCAGCAACCUUACAGUCGGGAAGAAGGAGACCAAGGUCUUCACCAUAAACCCUGAGGAUGAAAAACUUCUCGUAGCAUUUGAGCUUCUUCAGAGAGAGGACCCCCCCUGUGAAUAUCUCACUAAUGGCAUCCUUGUGGCUGCCCCAUUCGCUGCACUGGAUAUUGAUGUUAACAAGCUACGCAGCAAUGACCAUACCAGGGACAAGGUGCUGAAACUGAGGGGUGCCUAUCAGGAGAAUCACACACUUAAUGCAGAGGAAACCCCAAAACUGCGUUUCUACAUCAACAGAGACUUGGAGACAGAACUAGGAGUGGCACCCUCUUAUGAAACCUUUGCUCCAUUGGAAACGUCUAUAAAACUCCAGCCACUACCAGAGGAACGAGCACGCAAAGUGUCCCUUGUUGUUAAUCAGGACACAGUGGAUUUAGACAUGGAAACAUAUAACGGCGAGGAGGAACGUCUUGCAGUACGUCUGGAUGUUGACAUCCCACCUCAGGAGAAAGAGUAUCUGAAGAAGAGAAAAGUUGUAGUGGCACAGGCUUUGCAGAAGAUUUUAGGCCUUGGCUCUCCACCUGAAACUAAAAAGGUGCCGACCGUAGCAGUGGUGGCUUCCGGGGGAGGGGCCAGAGCAAUGGUAGGCCUGCUGGGUGGUCUGAGAGGCCUGAAGGAUAUAGGGGUCCUGGAUGCUGCCAGUUACAUCACUGGUGUUUCUGGAUCCACAUGGGCUAUGUCUACUCUGUAUCAGGAAGCUAACUGGUCACAGGACAUAGACAGAAUCAUCUCUGCAACAAAGAAACAAAUGACCAAGAGCACCCUGAGUGCCUUCUCUCUUGGGAAACUGCAGUACUACAGUGAAGAAAUGGCUGAGAAAGAGCAAGAUGGUUACAUUGUGUCACUCAUUGACAUGGUGGGCCUGAUCUUUGAGCAUCUUGUCUUUGGGAAGAAAAACACCAGUACCCUGUCUGAGCAGCAGAGAGCAGUGAAAGACGGCCAAAACCCUUUACCCAUAUACACUGCUGUCAAUAUGAAAAAUGAAUUAAAGGGCUGUGAAUCUGAAGCUGAGUGGUGUGAGUUUACCCCCUACGAGGUAGGCAUCCCGAAGUAUGGGGCGUUUGUCCAAACUGAGGAUUUUGGGAGUCAGUUUUUCAUUGGUCAUAUCAUCAAGAAACUCCCAGAAGUCCGCAUCCCUUAUCUGAUGGGAAUAUGGAGCAGUGUAUUUUCUAUCAACAUCACCCAGCUAUGGUCGCAAGUUACCGGGUCCAAGCCUUCUUGGAGCCCUUGGCUUGGACCAGAUGUCAGCAGAACAGAUGUUGAUACUGAAGCAUCAACUCUGGACACACAUGUCAUAAAGCCAAUCACAGAUUUCACCAGAAUAGUGACGGAUUUCUUCAGAAAUCGACCAGUCAUUGCUGAAAUGUACAAUUUCAUGCGUGGACUCUUCCUGCACUGCAACUACAAUAAGCACAGCAACUUUGUUGCCUGGAAAGAUGCACAUCCAGAUGCCUUCCCAAACCAACUGACUCCCAUUGACUCCACCCUGGGUUUGGUUGAUGCUGGUCAUGCCAUCAAUAUUGGCUGUGUGCCUGUCCUGCGGCCAGAGAGAUAUGUGGAUGUCAUCAUCACUCUGAGUUACUCAUGGGACCCAGAGCACAUCUUCAAUGUUAUGGAGAGGACAGCUGCUUACUGUAAAGACCAUGACAUCCCAUUUCCCAGAGCUGAUUUUGCCAGUCUGGAAAAAGAGCCUAAGAAGGAGGUCUACAUCUUCGAGGAUAUGGAGAAUCCCAGGGCCCCGAUAGUGGUUUAUUUCCCACUUGUCAAUGCCUCAUUCAAACACUACAAGCACCCUGGCGUGAAGCGUAGGUCUAAGGAAGAAAUGAAAGCUGGGGAGGUGGAUGUGAGCAGCAGCAACUCUCCGUACACCACCCAGAACAUGACCUACUCAAAAGAGGAUUAUGAGGCUCUCGUGGAGCUGACCGCUUACAACGUGUCAAACAACAAGGAGAGCAUCCUGCAAGCUUUGAGCAAGGCCUUGGACAGGAAGGCAUCCAACAUAAAGAAAUAAACAGCAACAUCAUCAUUUAUGUUCCCUCAAAAAGUCAUUGCCACACCUGUGAAAUGUCGCUUCUGGUACACAUCAUUCUGUUAAUCCUUUAAAAAGCAGUUGAAGACUUUGCAAUUCAAAUAGGCUUUUACUUAGACAAGGGUUUUCA